AAUAUUUUUUUGGGAUAACCACUAAGACACAGUGACACAAAAUAUUUAAAGGAAAAUUUUAGAAGCUAUUCAUACUUCCGAAUAAACUGGCUCCUGAUAGUUGCUAGUUUUACAAUAAUGAUUAUUUAUUCUUUCUAUUGUUGCUUCAGGGCCUGUGAUUGGAUUUUUAGGUAGCAUAUUUGGUUUGAAGAAAAUAAUCCUAUUUGGCAGUUUCUUGUCAUCAGCAGCUAUAGGUGCGUGCUUCUUUGCCGAAGAUAUGGUGACAAUCACAAUCUUAUGGGGAGUUGCUUUUGGUUUCAGUUUCGGUUUAGGUGUUUCCUUUUUACCGCAAGUUCUUAGUAUGCAUUUUUCGAAGCAUUUGGAUAAAUCUAUCGGAAUUAUUGUUGGCGGCGAAUGCAUAGUAUCGUUUUUUCUUACAUUACUAACAGACUAUUCGCUGAAAAGUUAUGGACUAUCUGGAACAUUCUUGAUAUUGUCUUGUGUAGUACUUCACAGCGUACCAGCUGCCAUGCUUAUCAGAAAACCAAAAAAUGUUGAAAAGUCCGAACGUCUUAUUGAAAAAUUAACAUAAAAAGUGGAACCAGACACUUAUGAAGAAAGCCUUCCUUGCAAUUUAAGAGUCGAGUUACAACUAAGUCAAAAUGAAUACGAUGGACAAAUUACUUCUCCAGUUACGGUCAAAGAAUCGGAAAAGAGUUUGGAUAAAAAAUCAUCUCUUUCGGUUUUUAAGGUAUUCUUGGACCCAACGUACAUUCUUAUUUUAGUAACUCAAGGUGCGAUGUUGUAUAUUUAUACAAUGAUUAACAUAAUACUUGUUGAUGUUUCCAUAGAUCACGGCGUUUCUACAACAGAGGCGGUGUAUAUUUUGGCUAGUUUUCAAGUGGCCGAUGCAGUUGGACGCUUCACCUUAGGUUUUGUCACUGACUACGACUGCUUGUCAAAAGCAAAUUUUUUAGCUGCAUGUUUCGCUGCCAUAGGUCUUCUGCUGAUUGCUUUCAUCUGGAUAAAAGGAUUUGCUGGGAUGGUGGCUUUCAUUAUUGCCGUUGGAUUUUUUAAAGGAGGGUUACUGAUGAUAAGCCCCAGCAUUGUUAUGCAUUACAUAGCUAAAGACUAUCACAGCAUGGCAGUUGCCUCAAGAUGCUUUUUGUACACUCCUGUAAGCUUUACACAAGCUCCUUUGAUUGGUCACUUCCGAGACACAUUGCAAUCUUAUGAUGGGUUGAUUUGCAUUCUUGUUGGUAUUUGCUGUGCCAGUAGCAUCAUUUCUAUCCUGAUUCCUCCAUUCGUAAGAUUCAGAGAAAGAAAAAAAGAUUUGCAGCACAGGCAGGAAAGUGGGGGCUGAACAUGGUUUAAAACUGGCUUUGCCAAAUGAAAAUGCAUCAAUGGAGAUCCCAUUCUGAAAGAACUUUUGACAUUGUUUAUAAUUGUAAAAGAUUUUAUGAUACAUGCCUUGCUAUUGCUUUUAUGAUUAAAAUUUUUGAAAUUGUCUAAAACAAAACAUAGCAUUAUAUCUUUUUUUUUAU